AAUGUAACUUGACUAAUUGAUCAGUUUUAAUGGAUCAAUCAUGUUGCUAAUUUCAUUUCUUGUAGCUACACUCUUCACCCUCUCAACUUCAAAAUCCCUUUCAUUGGAAUCUGAAUGGGCUUCAUUUAAGAAAAAUUAUGAUAAAACAUAUUCCAAUCCAGAAGAGGAACUUUACCGUCAAACCAUUUUCCACAAAAACUUGGAGCUAAUUGAACAACACAAUGAAAAGGCAACUCAAGGUAUCCACACUUACCGUUUGGGAAUAACAAAGUUUUCAGAUUUGACUCAUGACGAAAUGAAAUCAACUGGACUAAUCAUUGACCAAGAGCCGUCAAGUGUGAAUGCUAUGCAUGCAAAGGCUACGAAAUCCAAAGGUAAACUUCCUAAGUCAGUUGAUUGGAGAUCAAAAGGUAUCUUAACCAAAGUUAAAGACCAAGGUAUAUGUCCAGCUUGUUGGGCGUUUGCCACUGUGGCCGCUAUUGAAGCAGCUUACGCACAAAAAAAUGGUAAGGUUGUGAAACUGUCGGAGCAAAAUCUUAUCGACUGUUCUGAAGGUGCAAAAGGCUGCAAACCUUACUCUGUGGGUAUGGCUUACAAAUAUGCUCAAGCAAAAGGUAUUGAUGCUGCUAAGUGUUACCCUUAUGUUUCGCGUAAAGACACAACCGAGAAAAGCUGUAGAUUCAAUGAAACUUGUUCAGAGGUGAAGAUUUCAAAAUACGCUUACAUAAAAGCUCACAAUGAAGAAGCCCUUGAAGCCGCUGUUUCUAAACAAGUGGUCUCAGCUACGCUUGACGCAGAAAUACAAGACUUUUAUCUUUACAAAGGAGGAAUCAUUAAUACUCAAAAAUGCAGUAAAGAGGUUGUUUCUCAUGCAGUUGCUCUUGUUGGCUAUGGAACUGAAAAUGGAACUCCAUAUUGGAUCUUCAAGAACAGUUGGGGUGAAAAGUGGGGUGAAAAGGGUUAUGGUCGUCUGUUGAGGGGCAACAAUACAUGUGGUAUUGUAGCUAGUGUAUCGUUUUUCCCCAUGUUAUAAGCGAACAAUUUAUCCAAUGUCUUGAUACAAUUUUGAACCAAAGUCAGGAUUGUCUUCUUGACACCUCAUCCACCACCUUCUCAAUCUUUUUCAAUCACUUUUCCCAAUCAUAUUGUCCACCACCCGAACACCUGUGUCCCUACAUACUUACCAAGUCUCAACUCUUUACUCAAAUUUUCGAGCCUUUGGCAGUACUUUUUGAAUUUCAUUUCAAGCUCUAACCAGAAAAUUGGUUUAAAAACCAAGAUAUUGGUUUUAUUUGAGUUUGUUUUGUUUAAUAAACUGUUUGAUGCGCAUUCAAAGCUCAAAUUUCAUGGCCAA